AGCCAUUAAUUGUUCAAAUAGUGUUUUCAUAUGUGUCAAUCGUGAACGCGCAGUGAGGGGUGUGCGCACGCUCCCGAGACACCACUAGGAAAAAUGGCGGCGCUCAUGACACUCGGCCAGUUAUCAAGCGGGAACCCAGCCUACGAGAGCUACUACAGACAGCUGGAUCCAGUAAAUAGUGGCAAGAUAUCAGCUGGGGAUGCUGCUCAGUUCCUCAAAAAGUCAGGGCUGUCGGACAAUACUUUGGGAAAGAUAUGGGAUUUGGCUGACGCAGAGCGAAAGGGCUACUUGGACAAGCGGGGUUUCUUCAUCGCCUUGAGACUAGUGGCCUCGGCACAGGCAGGACAUGACGUCAGCCUCGGCAACCUCAGCCAAAUCGUUGCGCCUCCUAAAUUUCGAGACACCAGCAGCCCUUUAUUAACUACCCCAGCAUCUGACGGCAGUUGGGCAAUAAGGCUGGAUGAAAAAGGGAAAUUUGAGGCCAUUUUCGAGAGUUUGUCCCCCGUCAAUGGCCUCCUCUCCGGCGAUAAAGUCAAGCCUGUCUUGAUCAAUUCAAAGCUACCUCUGGAUGUGCUGGGAAAGAUUUGGGACCUCGGCGACGCAGAUAAAGAUGGCUACUUAGACAAAGAGGAAUUUAUUGUGGUCAUGCAUCUUGUGUAUCGGGCAAUGGAGAAAGAGCCGGUGCCGACCGCCUUACCCGCUUCCCUUAUCCCUCCCUCAAAAAGAAAAAAAAUGCCGAGUGGGCUGCCGGGCGCUGUGGCGGUCUUGCCUAGUCUUCCCGGGUUUUUGGGCAACUCGGCUCCUCUCAAAGACGCCUUGCGGAGCACUCCUCCUCCUCUGGUUUCUCCUGUCGCCACAUCAACCAGCAGCCUCUCCCCAAAACACUCCUUUAGGUCAAGUAAGCAGGCAGAGGAGAACUGGGUGGUCCCGGUGGCUGACAGGGAGCGCUACAAUGAUGUCUUCAAGAAAACCGACACGGACAACGACGGCCUGGUCAGCGGAACGGAGGUCAUCGAGAUCUUCAUGCACUCCAGCCUCUCACAGACCAUGCUGGCACAAAUCUGGGGGCUGGCAGACACCAAACAGACGGGCAAGCUGACCCGGGAGCAGUUCUGUCUGGCCAUGCACCUCAUCCAGCAGAAGAUCACUAAAGACGUCGACCCGCCGUCCUCUCUCACACCGGACAUGAUUCCGCCCUCAGAAAGGACGGCGGCUUCAGCGCUUAUUACUCCCAGCUUCUCAGGGCUUAUAUCUGGCGGGAGACCCGAUUAUGCUGCACUGCCUCAUGCUUGCAGAGACAUCGCCAUCCCGCCAGCGGAGGUCCUGGGCGUCAAAGAGCUGGAUGACCUCAGCCAGGAAAUAAGUCAGCUGCAGAGAGAGAAAUUCAUCCUGGAGCAAGAGCUCAAGGAAAAGGAGGAGACCAUCAGGAAGCAAAAUAAUGCUGUCCAAGACAUGCAGCGUGACUUGGACAGGGAAAGCGGCAGCCUGCAGGACCUGGACUCUCAGAAGCAGGACGCUCAGAGGCGCCUGGACAAGAUGGACCAGCAGCGCUCCAAACUGGAGGGGAUGCUCAAUGACAUUAAGCAGAAAUGUCAGGAAGAGACGCAGACGAUCUCCACCCUGCAAAGCCAGAUCCGCUCCCAGGAGACCGACAUGCGGAGCCAGGAGGAGGAGGUGAGCCGCACCAAGGUGGACCUCAGCCGUCUUAAGGAUGAGGAGGCUCAGCUGGAGAAGAACCUGCUGUCGAGUCGCGUCCAGCUGGAUGGCAUCACCAAGUCUCUGAAAAACGCCCAGGAAGAAAUCAGCCAGGCUCGCAGUAAACUGUCACUCAUCCAGGAGAACCAGAAGGAGGUCACCAAAACCAUUGAGCAGUACAACAGCGCCCUGAACAACCUCGUAGGAGGAAGCAACACGGUUAAUUCAAGUGACCUGUUCCCAGAGAAGGAGAACGGGCUCUUCAGAAGUGCAGAUGAAUCGUUCAAGUCAAAGCUCGCCAUGUUCAACCAUAGCACUCCUAAGGAACCUCCAGCAGACCCCUUUCAGACAGAAGACCCCUUCAAAUCCAACCUCUUCAAAGAUCCUUUUGGAGAUCCUUUCAGAGAAAGUGACCCCUUCGCAGGCUCCUCAUCUGACCUCCACAGGAGGACGGGCAGCAUGUUUGGAUCCUCUGAACCUUCUGUGGCGAAACCCAAGCCUCCAAUCAAGCCUGGCUCCCACAGCCCAAAACCAAGGAAUUCAGAGUCAUUCAGGACGGGGGACCAUUUUGGAAGUAGCGCGUUUAGAAACAAGGAUGGAUUUGCAGACUUCAGCCAAAUGCCGAAGAAAUCAGACAAUCCUGUCCUACCAUCAAAGAAAAGCGUUCCUAACCGGCCUGCCCCCCCCUACGAAAUUGAAGGCGAGCAGUUUGGAAGUGAGAGCCAGCAGCUGGAGUGGGCCAAGCGUGAGAGCGAGCGCGAGGAACACGACAGGCUGCGGCGGCUGCAACUCAAGGAGCAGCAGGACUUGGAGUUGGCCAUCGCUCUCAGCAGGGCCGACCAUACCAGCACCAUUCCUCCUCUCUUCACUGCUUCCUGACAUUUGCACUAACACCGAACCAACACUCCCAAAACUCGUCCCGUUCGUCCCUGCUGCACGCUGGCCCGGUAUCGGAUGAUCCUGCAUGGAGCGUUCACUGCUCCCAAAGCACCUGGCUGCUACAAUCAUGGCCGGGACACAACGUCGACGGACUCUCUUCCAUCUUUGCCACACUGCCUUAUUAUUCCAAAGCCUUUCUUGUUUUAUUAUUAUGACUGUUUUAUUGUAUUUAUAAGCAAAGGUAUGAAAUGCACUAAAUCAGUUGGUUUUAUUAGCUUUGAAUUUGGACAAACUCUUUCUAUACUGUAAAUAUAAAAGACAAUGAUGCUUUGGUGCAUAUGUUGGAUUAUUAUACGAUUCUAUUUUGCUAACCUUAUUUAGCAUUAGCACUGCAAACUACAAGCACAACAAUAAGAUAUAUAUUAUCAAUUAUAAGAAAUCCCAAUGGAAACAAAGCAUCAUUAUCUUUUCUAUUUAUUGAUCUGAUUAUAUCGGGAAAGUGUACUUAAUCAAAUGUCCGUCGUGUGUAUCAAACGUGCAUCUCGUGUUUUAUUUUCCUUGCACUACUGGAAUACGUUACGUUAGGAGCUCCACAGGGUUUGAUGCAACAUUGUUUUUUAUUUAAAACCACUGAUACUGUUACAGUGUGUGAUUAGUAAUAUAUCAGUAAUAAUAUACUUUACACCA